CUGGCAACUCGUAGUGAAGCAUACAAUUGAGCUCAGGUGUCCCCUGAGGUUAUGCGAAUAGUCUACGUGACACAGUGUUUUUCUCGUAAGAUCGCAAGCUUGUAGCCUCUCCGCUCGUUUUUGUUUAGUUCUACAAAUCUUUGAAUAUCCAACAUUUUCUUCACCAACACUUUUCUUGACUGUAGCCCUUUAGUGCCUGGCAUGGAUAUCCUGGAGGGAUUUCUUCAUAUCCCCGGCACAUCCUCUCUUCUAGUUGCGGUGCUCUUGUUGCUGUUUUUCUAUCUUCACUCCUCUGUUGGAAGCGACAGAGGGAAAGGAGAGGAGCCUCCCGGACCCAAAGCACUGCCAAUACUUGGUAACCUGUUGCUGCUGAAUCCAAAGAAGCCCUAUGAGUCACUUUGUGAGCUCUCCAAGAGAUAUGGAUCUGUCUUCACCAUUCACCUCGGCCCUAAGAAAGUGGUUGUCUUAGCAGGAUACAAGACUGUUAAGCAAGCACUUGUGAACCAUGCAGAGGAGUUUGGGGACAGAGAUGUCACCCCUAUAUUUUACGAUAUGAACAAAGGCCAUGGCAUCUUGUUCUCCAAUGGGGAUAACUGGAAAGAGAUGAGACGUUUUGCCCUCUCUAACAUGCGAGACUUUGGGAUGGGCAAGAGGAGGAGUGAGGAGAAGAUUAUAGAAGAGGCUCGACACCUGAUGGAAGUAUUUGAAAAAUGGCAGGGUACAGCAUUUGACACAGCCCAGCCCGUGAACUAUGCCGUCUCCAAUAUCAUCUGUGGUAUUGUGUAUGGCAGCAGGUUUGAGUAUGAGGACCCCAAGUUUAAAGCCAUGGUGGACAGAGCUAAUGAGAACAUUCGGCUUGUGGGCUCCCCAUCUGUUCAGCUCUACAACUUCUUUCCCUGGUUAAAACCGUGGCUGAAGGAUGUUGUGCAUGUCAUGAAGAAUGUUGGAGAGAAUAUUAAGGAGAUGAAGGGCUAUAUCAAGAACUUGCAGGACACUCUGAAUCCACAGGACAGCCGCGGCUUUGUUGACUCGUUCCUCAUACGCCAGCAAAAUACUGAGAUAUCGGGCACAAUCCCUCUGCUGGUUGCUGUGUUACUGUUGCUGUUUGCCUUCCUUCACUCCUAUGGUGUCAGCUGCUCAGAGAGAGGGCGGGAGCCUCCGGGGCCCAGACCAUUGCCUAUCCUGGGUAACCUGCUGCAGCUGGACCUGAAGCAACCAUAUAGGACGCUUUGUGAGCUCUCCAAGACGUUUGGGUCCGUCUUCACCAUUCACCUUGGCCCUAAGAAAGUGGUUGUCUUAGCAGGAUACAAGACUGUUAAGCAAGCACUUGUGAACCAUGCAGAGGAGUUUGGAGACAGAGAUAUCACCCCUCUAUUUCAUGAUAUCAACAAAGGCCAUGGGAUCCUGUUUGCCAAUGGAGAGAGCUGGAGAGAAAUGCGGCGCUUUGCACUCACAAACAUGCGGGACUUUGGCAUGGGCAAGAAGGGGAGCGAGGAGAAGAUCCUAGAGGAGACUCAAAGCCUAAAAGAUGUGUUUGAAAAAUUCAACGGUGUGGCAUUUGACACAACACAGCCAGUGAACUACGCCGUCUCCAAUAUCAUCUGUGCCAUUGUGUACGGCAGGAGAUUUGAGUACGACGACCCCGAGUUUAGGGCCAUGGUCAAAAGAGCCAAUGAAAACAUUCGGCUCUCAGGCUCUCCUUCAGUACAGCUCUACAAUAUGUUCCCCUGGUUAAAGCCGUGGGUGAGGAACCUGGAACAGAUACUGCAGAACACUGAGGUCCUUGUGGAGGAGAUGAAGAGGAUCAUCAGCGGGCUCCAGGAGACGCUCAACCCGCAGGAGCUGCGAGGCUUCGUCGACUCCUUCCUCGUCCGCAAGCAGAGUGCUGAGGAGUCUGGCCGGAUGGACUCCCUGUUUCACGAGAAGAACCUCAUCUACUGUGUGACCAACCUGUUUGCAGCUGGCACGGACACCAGUGGCACCACACUGCGCUGGGGUCUGCUGCUCAUGGCCAAGUACCCCCGCGCACAGGAGAGAGUCCAUGAGGAGAUUGAGCGGGUGAUUGGUGGACGCCAGCCUACUAUUGGGGACAGGAAGAGCAUGCCCUACACUGAUGCAGUCAUCCACGAGACCCAGAGAGUUGCUAACAUCGUGCCCUUAAGUCUCCCCCACACCACCAGUUGUGAUGCUAACUUUCAGGGUUUCUUCAUCAAAAAGGGCACCACUGUGAUUCCUCUGCUCACCUCCGUGUUGAAGGAUGAAUCGGAAUGGGAAGAACCCGACACAUUUCACCCAGAACACUUCCUGGACGAGCAGGGCCACUUUGUUAGGAGAGAUGCUUUCCUUCCCUUUUCUGCAGGCCGCAGGGCGUGUUUGGGCGAGAGUCUGGCCAGGAUGGAGCUCUUCCUCUUCUUCACGUCUCUUCUUCAACGCUUCCGUUUCACUCCUCCUCCCGGCGUCUCCGCGGACGAGCUGGACCUCACACCGGUGGUGGGCCUCACCCUCAACCCCUCUCCCCAUAAGCUGUGUGCAGUUCGGAGAUCUUAAGGGUCAUAGGUAUCAACAAGAGAAGGUGCUAUACAAGCUAUGUUAAUGUAUAAAGAAUAAAAUACCAAUAACAUACCCUACCAAAUCAUACCCAUUCAUAUUAGCUAACAUGUCUAUUACGGUGAUAACUUUAUUGUGCUGUGAAUGCAGAUCACAAAUGUAUUGUGCUGAUUAACAAUAUUACUUACUACAGUAUAGACCACGCACAAGAGGGAUGACAAUGUAAGAAAUCCCUUUUGUGUAUUACGAAAAAGGUGCACUGACUCCAGCUGCCUGUUGCUAUUGUAUGGUUAAAAGAGGCAACAAUAAUAAAAUAGCCCAUUCACAGCAGUUCCGGUAUGCAACUCAGAAAUAACUGGUAGCUUAUCUCUCAACUGUGAUAGAAUGAGAAAUGUCUUAAACAUUGUGAAUGGUUUGUAUAGGCCUAUUGCAGAAUCAAACAUGGGAGAGUAAUGAUCGUUCCUACUGACAAUGAGCCAAUUUCACAGUGUCCAGGUGUCUGGCCUAGUUGAUGUUAAUGAUGCCUUAAUUGGCAGGGUAAAACAUCUUCCUGUUUCUGUCUUUCCUGCAUGUAGACUGAGCUGUUCCAGAGGAAGUUAGUUUACACAGUGGCGACAUCUUGUGAAAUAGGCUCAUAGGAGUUCAAAUAGGCUAUAUGUUCUAGAAUGUAUGAACAAAUAUAAUGUGACUGGAAAUGGGUUUAAUUACAACCUUAUUUUGAUCCCACAGCUGUUCACACAUGCUCCAAAUGUCCAUUUUUAAGUAGAUGGAAACAGGCACAGAAAACAUUCAGCCAAAUGUUCAAUAAUGCAUUUGAAACAUGACUGUUGAAUGGAAAUCAAGUAGGGCUUGUGUGUAGCUUAUAGCCUCACAUGGUUCUUCGUUCUUCACAAAAGAGAAUUGCGCUAAUUCUCAACCUUACUGUAUCUGAAAUUAAGAAAAUGUUAACUUCAUUCUUACAUUUCUGAUGAUUUGUCAUGU